UCGGGAGCGGCCGCCGUAGACCUCCGCCUGCGAACAAAGAGGAGGCCGGCAGGGCGGGGGCGUCUGCGGCGAGCAUGGCGGACCGCAGCCUGGAAGGCAUGGCUCUGCCCCUGGAGGUGAGGGCCCGCCUGGCCGAGCUGGAGCUGGAGCUGUCGGAAGGGGACAUCACACAAAAAGGAUAUGAAAAGAAGAGGUCAAAAUUAAUUGGAGCCUACCUUCCCCAGCCUCCACCAGCGAAUGGAGCUGCCGUGGUUCGGUGUAGACUGCAGCACAGUGAAGUGGCGACGAGGAGAGCCUUCCGUCCUGCCCACAUCGGGGUGUGCGACAUCCGAGAAGCCGCGGCCCGGGAGCGGGAGCGGGCCGCCAGCGCCGCGGGGAACCGGCCUCUGUUUUACUUUCGUUUCGGGGUGGACCAAGCCUUGCCUCAGGAACGCCGGGCACCUGCCACCCCUUCCUCCGCCUCUCGCUACCACCGCCGGCGGUCCUCAGGGUCUCGCGAUGAGCGCUACCGGUCAGAUGUUCAUACGGAAGCCGUGCAGGCAGCGCUUGCGAAACACAAAGAAAGGAAGAUGGCUGUACCUAUGCCUUCCAAACGUAGGUCCCUGGUUGUGCAGACCUCCAUGGAUGCCUACACGCCUCCAGACACUUCUUCUGGUUCUGAAGAUGAAGGCUCUGUGCAAGGCGAUUCCCAGGGAACCCCCACCUCCAGCCAAGGCAGCAUCAACAUGGAGCACUGGAUCAGCCAGGCCAUCCACGGCUCCACCACCUCCACCACCUCCUCCUCUUCCACACAGAGCGGGGGCAGUGGGGCGGCGCACAGGCUGGCAGAUGUCAUGGCCCAGACGCACAUAGAAAAUCACUCUGCACCUCCUGACGUAACCACAUACACCUCAGAGCACUCAAUACAAGUGGAAAGGCCACAGGGCUCGACAACGUCUCGGACAGCACCAAAGUACGGCAAUGCUGAGCUCAUGGAAACCGGAGACGGAGUACCAGUAAGUAGCCGGGUAUCAGCAAAAAUUCAGCAGCUUGUCAACACCCUCAAACGACCUAAACGACCACCAUUACGAGAGUUCUUUGUCGAUGACUUUGAAGAAUUGUUAGAAGUUCAACAACCAGAUCCCAACCAACCAAAGCCGGAGGGUGCGCAGAUGCUGGCCAUGCGAGGGGAGCAGCUGGGGGUGGUCACGAACUGGCCGCCCUCCCUGGAGGCUGCUCUGCAGCGCUGGGGAACCAUCUCACCCAAGGCUCCCUGUCUGACCACCAUGGACACAAAUGGGAAGCCCCUCUACAUCCUCACCUAUGGCAAACUGUGGACACGAAGUAUGAAGGUUGCUUACAAUAUUCUACACAAACUAGGUACAAAGCAAGAACCCAUGGUUCGGCCGGGAGACAGGGUGGCGCUGGUGUUCCCCAACAACGACCCUGCUGCCUUCAUGGUGGCCUUCUAUGGCUGCCUGCUGGCGGAAGUUGUUCCUGUGCCCAUCGAAGUGCCACUCACAAGGAAGGACGCAGGGAGCCAACAGAUAGGUUUCUUGCUUGGAAGCUGUGGUGUUACUGUAGCCUUGACCAGUGAUGCAUGCCACAAAGGCCUUCCGAAGAGCCCAACGGGAGAGAUCCCACAGUUCAAAGGCUGGCCAAAGCUGCUGUGGUUUGUCACAGAGUCCAAACACCUCUCUAAACCGCCUCGGGACUGGUUCCCACACAUCAAAGACGCAAAUAAUGACACUGCGUAUAUCGAGUACAAGACGUGUAAGGACGGGAGCGUGCUUGGCGUGACAGUGACGAGGAUUGCGCUGCUCACUCACUGCCAGGCGCUCACGCAGGCGUGCGGCUACACGGAAGCUGAAACCAUCGUGAACGUGCUGGACUUCAAGAAGGAUGUGGGGCUGUGGCACGGCAUCCUGACGAGUGUCAUGAACAUGAUGCACGUCAUUAGCAUCCCAUACUCGCUGAUGAAGGUGAACCCCCUCUCCUGGAUCCAGAAGGUCUGCCAGUACAAAGCAAAAGUGGCUUGUGUGAAAUCGAGAGAUAUGCACUGGGCAUUGGUGGCCCACAGAGAUCAAAGAGACGUCAACCUGUCCUCCCUCCGCAUGUUGAUAGUGGCUGAUGGAGCCAAUCCCUGGUCUAUUUCUUCUUGUGAUGCGUUUCUCAAUGUCUUCCAAAGUAAAGGCCUUCGGCAGGAGGUCAUCUGUCCCUGUGCCAGCUCGCCAGAGGCUCUUACUGUGGCCAUCCGGAGGCCCACGGAUGACAGCAACCAGCCACCAGGCCGGGGUGUGCUGUCCAUGCACGGGCUGACAUAUGGUGUGAUCCGUGUGGACUCUGAGGAGAAGCUCUCAGUGCUUACAGUGCAGGAUGUGGGCCUCGUCAUGCCUGGAGCCAUCAUGUGUUCGGUGAAGCCGGAUGGCAUCCCCCAGUUGUGCAGAACAGACGAGAUUGGGGAGCUCUGUGUGUGUGCCGUUGCCACGGGGACAUCGUAUUAUGGGCUGUCCGGUAUGACGAAGAACACGUUUGAGGUCUUUCCCAUGACGAGCUCCGGGGCCCCCAUCAGCGAGUAUCCGUUUAUCAGGACGGGCUUGCUGGGCUUCGUCGGCCCUGGGGGCCUGGUCUUUGUGGUGGGCAAGAUGGAUGGCCUGAUGGUGGUCAGCGGGCGGAGACACAACGCUGACGACGUCGUGGCGACAGCCCUGGCCGUGGAGCCCAUGAAAUUUGUCUACCGAGGAAGGAUAGCCGUGUUCUCAGUGACCGUCCUUCACGAUGAAAGGAUAGUGAUCGUGGCAGAGCAGAGGCCAGACUCCACGGAGGAAGACAGCUUCCAGUGGAUGAGCAGGGUGCUCCAGGCAAUUGACAGCAUACAUCAGGUUGGGGUGUAUUGCCUGGCCUUGGUACCAGCAAACACGCUCCCCAAAACCCCGCUUGGGGGAAUCCACUUGUCGGAAACGAAGCAGCUCUUCCUGGAGGGCUCUCUGCACCCCUGCAACGUGCUCAUGUGCCCGCACACCUGUGUCACCAACCUACCUAAGCCGCGGCAGAAGCAACCAGAAAUCGGCCCCGCCUCUGUGAUGGUGGGAAACCUGGUGUCUGGGAAGCGGAUUGCCCAAGCGAGUGGAAGAGACCUGGGGCAGAUAGAAGACAACGACCAGGCCCGGAAGUUCCUGUUCCUCUCGGAGGUCUUGCAGUGGAGGGCGCAGACCACCCCCGACCACGUACUGUACACGCUGCUCAACUGCCGGGGUACGAUAGCAAACUCUCUGACGUGUGUCCAGCUGCACAAGCGUGCUGAGAAGAUUGCUGUGAUGCUGAUGGAGAGGGGCCAUCUGCAGGACGGAGACCACGUGGCGUUGGUCUACCCGCCAGGAAUAGACCUCAUCGCAGCAUUUUAUGGUUGCCUGUACGCAGGCUGUGUGCCAAUAACUGUCCGGCCUCCACACCCCCAGAACAUCGCCACGACGCUGCCUACAGUCAAGAUGAUUGUGGAGGUGAGCCGCUCCGCCUGUCUGAUGACCACACAACUAAUCUGUAAACUGCUACGGUCCAGGGAGGCAGCGGCGGCUGUAGAUGUCAGGACGUGGCCCCUCAUCCUGGACACAGAUGAUUUGCCAAAGAAGCGGCCGGCUCAGAUCUACAAACCUUCCAACCCAGACACACUGGCCUACCUUGACUUUAGUGUGUCCACAACUGGGAUGCUAGCUGGCGUAAAGAUGUCCCACGCAGCCACCAGUGCCUUCUGCCGUUCCAUUAAGCUGCAGUGUGAGCUUUACCCCUCUAGAGAAGUGGCCAUCUGUCUGGACCCCUACUGUGGGCUUGGGUUUGUCCUCUGGUGCCUCUGCAGUGUGUACUCGGGGCACCAGUCCAUCCUCAUCCCGCCCUCUGAGCUGGAGACCAACCCCGCUCUGUGGCUCCUCGCCGUGAGUCAGUACAAAGUCCGGGACACCUUCUGCUCCUACUCCGUGAUGGAGCUCUGCACCAAGGGCCUGGGCUCACAGACAGAGUCCCUCAAGGCACGAGGACUGGACUUGUCCCGAGUAAGGACAUGUGUGGUGGUGGCUGAAGAACGUCCCAGAAUUGCCCUCACACAGUCUUUUUCAAAGCUGUUUAAAGACCUGGGCCUCCAUCCACGGGCUGUGAGCACUUCCUUUGGCUGUAGAGUGAACCUGGCGAUUUGCUUACAGGGCACAUCGGGACCCGACCCCACCACCGUCUACGUUGACAUGAGAGCCCUGAGGCACGACAGAGUCCGGCUGGUAGAAAGGGGGUCUCCCCACAGCUUGCCUCUCAUGGAGUCGGGAAAGAUACUUCCUGGGGUUCGGAUCAUAAUUGCCAAUCCUGAAACAAAAGGACCACUGGGGGACUCGCACCUCGGGGAGAUCUGGGUCCACAGCGCCCACAAUGCCAGUGGCUAUUUUACGAUUUACGGAGAUGAAUCUCUCCAGUCGGAUCACUUCAACUCCCGGCUGAGUUUUGGAGACACCCAGACCAUCUGGGCCCGGACCGGCUACCUGGGCUUCCUGCGGAGGACGGAGCUCACGGAUGCGAGCGGAGAGCGCCAUGACGCGCUCUACGUGGUGGGGGCCCUGGACGAAGCCAUGGAGCUGCGGGGGAUGAGGUACCACCCGAUCGACAUCGAGACCUCUGUCAUCAGAGCACACAAAAGUGUCACAGAGUGCGCGGUGUUCACCUGGACAAACCUGCUCGUGGUGGUGGUGGAGCUGGAUGGGUCAGAGCAGGAAGCCCUGGACCUGGUCCCGCUGGUGACCAACGUGGUGCUGGAGGAGCACUAUCUGGUCGUGGGGGUGGUGGUGGUGGUGGACAUCGGGGUAAUCCCCAUCAACUCCCGAGGGGAGAAGCAGCGCAUGCACCUGCGCGAUGGCUUCCUGGCGGACCAGCUCGACCCCAUCUACGUGGCCUACAACAUGUAGCCCCGCCCGGCCUCUGCGGACUCCUGGAGGGACGCGGACGGCGUCUCAGUGUCCACCCAGGCAUGCGGACAGGCGGGGCGUGGGGCCCAGUGCGGGGCGGGGGGCCGCCCUCUCGGAGCAGAAACCCCGGCGUGGAGAUGAAAUGUGAAUUUACCACUGAAUUUUGCUCAGAAGGACUUUGGAUUACUGCCUUCAGUUUGUUGGAAACGCUCAUUUCAAAAACUUCCUUUUCUUUUCUUUUUUUUUUAAUGAUCGGAUAAUAAGUGCUCUCUUCGUCAAUGUGGGAUUUUGUUAAGCCGAAAUAGCAAUUAAAAAAAAAAACAUUCUGCCCUCCAGAUGGGUUCUUUUAAACAAUUUAUGUAGUGUGACAAAGAAUUGUUUUCUCUGUUUUAAUGUGUCAUGAAAUCUUAAUGACAUGGAAAUGUUACUGAUUUAAGCCAUUCAUUGCUAGAUCUCACCCUUCUAGGAGAGUUUGUUGAGGUACGAGAAACCUAACAGGUAGCCUCGGGCAGCUGGGUCUUAGCCGUUUUGUCAGAGACGCGCUGAAAACAGAGGCCUGGGUCUGGCCUUGGCUGUGAGCAUAGAACGAGAAGCGACUAUAAAUAAGGUGUAUUUCGGCAACUAUCUUGCAAAUAUCUUUGUACUAAACUGAAAAGAUAAAAUAAGUUAACUUCCUCAAUAUGUAAUUAUGUACAAAAUGUUUAAUUUAUUUUGAUCUCUUUAGAAGUAUAAAAGAGAAAAACAUUCAAGAAUAUUAAAGUCUUGUAAUGUUUGCUAAUAUAAAAAAAAGUGUUGUAUUAUCUUGCGUGGAUAGUAUCACAACAAAUAUAUAUAUAUGAAAUAUAAAUUCACUAAUGAAAAAAGGAGAUUUUAAAGUUUAAAUGCAGAACCUGUCACUUGCAUGGUGCGCCUCCACUGUCCGCAGCCCCUCCCCCCACCGCGGCCCUCGCGAGCCAUCAUGGAUUGCCACUCGCCCGCUCCGCUCCCCAAGUUCCUUCUAGAACCCCAGACCAGUGAGGGGCGUGCCCACCACCACUAGGGCGGUGGUGGAGCUGAAGGCUCGGUGUGCACUGUGUUUCCCUCUGCUGGGGCCGACAGUGAAUGCGUUUGUACCAGCCUGUGCCCACCACAUGUGGGCUUCCAGGCUGGUAAAUGGCACUGUUUUCUUAGCUGCAAGAAUUUGUUGCACAAUAUGGUUUUCUUUCUUUUUUUUUUCUUUUUCUUUUUGUCAAUGUCGCCUUUUUUUUGCUUCCUUGAUAUGAAAAGAAUGACACUGUGUGGUCACAUGUUCCGGGUUUCACUGAGCUGUCCUCUGCCGGCCACUAUAGGAACGGACAGGACGUCCAGACAGCUUUGAGAGGAAGAAGCUCCCAUCAUUGAUGUCACCUCCCCUGAAGACGCAGCCACCUCUGUAAACCUCUGUCUCGGGGCCCUAGCUCACUUGAACAGACCCCACCCCUCCUGCCUCCGGGACAUCUAGAGGAGCUCUGGCAUCCGCCUCCUGCUCGUAUGCGGGAGCCACAUCCCUGGUUUCUGUCCCUGCCUGGCACACCCUCUGAUUUGCACAGCUCACCUGUGGGUUUAUACAUUGAAUCGGCCUGUGUGCAGUCAAGAAUCAGCUUUCAGAGGAGUAAGACAGACUGGUUUUCCAAUUGCCACCGUCUGGUCCUGCCCUCACUCUGGCUACUCAGAUGCAUGACAAAGACCACAGCCGAGCGGGAUCUAGAUUCUUCCUUGCCUGUGUUGUAGAUGGUGUUCUUGCCUUUGUUUGAUGCAGCUGCCGGUAAGCCCUUUGCUAACAGAGAGUUUUGUUUGACUUCUGAGAUCCAAGGCAGAUUAUU